UGCAGUGAUUCAUUAUGGCCGCUACGGAUGUACAUUUAAAACCAGUAUUCUUACUCAGCAGCUUCAUCGUAUGCAUUUUAGUACCGAUUCAAGUCUGUGGUGACAUGCGCUUCACAAAUGACAAGCCAAAAGAUUCUAUCAAAGCUUCUCUAGGUGAUAACGUGCUUUUACGCUGGACCUUUACAUAUAACGAUGAUGGAAAAAAUUCAGCUGGCCCAUGGCGUGCUCGGGGAGUGCACGAAAUCAUCUUUGGCCAGUGGAAAUCUACAUAUGGUAAAAUCCUCUUUUUCGAGAAAAUUGUAGCAGUUGACAAUGGUGGUAAUUUCACUGUGCGAGAUGGAAAUAAAGAUAAAAUAGACUGGAACUUCUCAAAAUACCAAUUAACAUUCACAAUAAAAAACAUGGCUCUUAAGGAUCAAGCAAAAUAUGGGGUGCAUGUUGAGCUUGGCUUGGAUCAGAGCCCCUUGGAGCAUUUUGUCAACGUUGAAGUUGUGAGUAAACAAGUCAGCAAAGAUCAAAGCACAAAUGUCCGAAAUGUUUCAGCCUAUACAUCCGAAACUGUCGACAUCUUGUUUACACGAUCAAAGGAUGACUCCUCGAAAAAUUUCCGCAAGUAUGAAAUCUUGAAAAAAUACUCCCUCAUCACUCUUGGAAAAGAAAAAGACGGAAAGAAUAAAUUCUUUUGUAAAGAUAACACUAGUCACACAGCUACCUGCGAGGAGCGUUUCUCUUUUCGCUAUGUGAACAGCAGCUACGUGUCCUUCCAAAUUAGAAAUGUAACGUCUCAAGACGCAGGUCUAUACUUCUGUCAAACGUAUUUCAGGGGGGUUAACAAAGAGAACGACCCACAAUACGAACAUGUCAAUUUGAUUGUACAAGGUCACCCUACAGUUCCCACUACUUCAGCUUUCACGACUACAAGUGAUCAUUCUGUUUAUCCUACUUCAGCUUCCAUGGCUACAAGUGAUCAUUCUGGCCUCCAACCUUGUUUUAUUAUGCUGGCAACGAUAACCGCUAUACAAGCCCAGUACCAUUAGGGAAUGUCACCUGGCAAGCUCCAACAAUCAUAAUGAUAAUAAUUGUAAUAUUAACAUUAAUAUCACAAAUAUAAACUAUUAAUCUUCUCGUUCCUUAAGAUGAAACUUUUUGCUGAUGAUUGUGCAAAACAAAAACGUCGAGAGAAGCUAUCUUAAUUUUCUUAACUUUAGCAUGUGAACCUGAGUUAUUAACCUGUAAAUAGUUAUUGGUCAGUGCACGACUACAGGCUGAGUUGGCGUAGAAAAAAAUGGCAAAAGUCCACUGUUGUUACAGAUACUUUUUUUCCGAAUUCCAGCUCAUGGCAUGGGUGUUAGGGAUAGGUUUAUAUCAAAAACCCCGUUUACAGACGGGCUCUCCUCCUUUUAUUUCUUUCCGCUUCUAAAGCCGUUUUUUUUCCUUCCCGCUUUCUCGUUCGUCUCUUCUGACCACGAGCCUGAUGUAGAAUAAUGUCCAAGAGGACUCUUAUAUAUCUCGUCACGUGCCUUGUUGUGCUUAGUCAGGCUAAUACUGACUUAUGAAUAGGAUAUGAUGUAAUCAUAUAGAAUGUUCUAGACUGUUCCGCAUGUCUAAAAAAUUUGAGCUCCGGUUAUUGCUAUUAACCGAUAAGCUGACAAUAAAGCUGAAUAUGAAAAAAUAUUAGGUGACAACUAACUUUGGCACCAGAAGGCUAAAUAGCAGCAGUGUAUACUCCUAUUUCAGUUUGCCGCUGAUAAGGUAUUUGUUUUUUUGUAACUUCCUGAGAGCGACGCCGAAAUAAUUUGAGUGUUAUCAAGAUAACUAAUACAGCAAUGGAAACAGGCAAAUGAUCCACACAGGACUUAUGUCCUCUGAUGAUCUUGUUGGCGCCUUAGAAGCUGGAAAAUAGAAAAGAGAUAACAUAUAAUGAAUGGUCGGUGAGAGCAAAUGGGGAGCUUAUGUAGGUAUAAUAAGAAACGGAGAGAUAAAGAUGAAAGAUGAGAGGGACAUCAACAUCAAUCCCCCUCAACGGUUGUCGAAGAGAAUAUGAAAUUUACCUUCCUGCGUUGUUGGAAACUCGAGUUCGGGGGAAUCAUUAACUCUUACGAUGAUUUCCUUACUAUCUUUGCCCGCCUGAUUAUAAGCUUCACACAGGUAAACUCCGCCGUCGCUUCUUUUUAAAGAGUUGAAAUACAGAGCUUGGUCUCCAAUGGUUUUCCCCAGUCUUUUCCAUUUUAUGCUAGGUGUGGGAAAUCCACUUGCAUGGCAUUUUAUCAU